CACUGAUCUGUUGAUCAGUGUUAAAGUUGAUUGUUUAAAACAACAAAUUCUUUUUAUCCAAGAUUAUAGGCUUUCAAUAAGAAUUAAGCUUAAAUAGAAACAAAUGGGACAAAAUCAGACGGAUUUGUAAAAAUUAAGCCCACACAAUCUGACUCUACCACUUUCGUGUCAAAGCGCAAUCUUCAAAUUCUUACGCUACGAUUGACGCGUAUCGUGCGGCUAGCCUCAUUUUGGAAACUUUUCACAUUUGAAGCUAUCUCUUCAGUGAAGAUCUUCACUUAUUCAUCACUUAUAAUAUUGUAAGUUUUCAGAUGGAAAUUUCGGAAAGCACUACUUCAACGCCGUCGAGUAUCCCCGUGCUGUCGCUUGUUAAAUCAGCGCAACAACAACAUGGUUUACGUCAUGGUGACUAUCAACGUUAUCAUCAGUAUAUUUCCCGUAAACUCAGGAGAAUGAGAAAAUCACUACAUUUUCAGCAAGGGAAUCGAUCAAAGGUUGUCCCUAAAAAGUUAACUCCGGAUGUCGUGACAGAUCCACGUUUCAUUAUUUUAGCAGUCUUUGAAAUCGAACGAUCAUGGGCAUACGCUAUGCAAUUAAAAGCUGAGUCAAGCACAGAAAUUCGCAAGCGUUUCCAGAUGUGUUCUCGACUUCGUAAAGCUGUUGCACGUGCUGAACUUUUAUGUAAUAUGGAAGAUGAUUUGUCCUUGUUAGAUGUACAAACUAAACUUGAAUUGCGGGCAUACAAGCAAUGGAUUCGUGGAAUUUUAUUUUUUGAACUACAGAAUUGGGCCGUAGCCAAGGAACAUCUAGAAUCAGCUCAAGCUAUUUAUAAUGUUUUACUUCAAAUGGUAGAUGAAGACAACCAAGCUGUUUAUAAAUCUCGAAUUGAUGAUCUUUUACCUCAAAUUCGUUACUGUGCGCAUUCAAUUGGGGAUGAGACAGCAGCUACAGAUUUACAACGUAUGCGUAAUCAAGCACCUGAUAGUCUAACACUUUUGUCGGAACUUCAGUUAGAUCAACUUCUUAGUCAAGCUCGUUCCAGACAAGCUAGUCAAGUCAGUGAAGUUGAUUGGUUGGGGAUUUCGAUUCCAGUAAAGUCAGAAAAGGCGAAAAUUGCUAUUUUAACGGUUCAGGAAUCUAAGUCAGAACUCGAAAAAGCAGAAACUUUCCAAGCUAAAUUAUCUAUCUAUGAAUCUGUUUUAAAAUCGUGUGUUGAAGCAAUAACAUCUAUCAGGGAUGAGCUACGUACUGCAGUAGCAUCCGAGCCAUCAGUUUCUGGAGAUAAAAAUACAGCUGCUGUUGUGGCUUCUACUAAAUAUGGUCAAACUCUAGGUUCUGAAAAGGUUUCACGACUCCAGCUUUUGUAUACUUAUUUACAAUAUUUGAAAUUAGCAAAGACGAUUGAUCGGACACUGUUGCAUAUUGAAACUACUAUUUCCAACCUAGUAGAGGGAAGUCACAAACGAAAUCAACUUGCUACUAGUGCUUAUCCUAAACCACAAGAACUAUCUCGUUUGUAUGAUACGUUGGUACAAAAUUUUCAAGAGAUCAUUUCUCUACCAUGUCUGAUACAAGAUCAUAUUGGUUUAAAGGAUUUAUUGUAUGCUAAAAUGCUAUCUUAUCGUAGUUAUCGGUGCUAUUAUUUGGCUCUCGCUUAUAACUGCAGUAAAAAAUAUGUUGAAUGCUCCGCUCUUCUCACGAGGGCUAUACAACAUGCUGAAAAAGCAAUUACAUCUCUUAAGCGCGCCACUUCAACCUGGACUAAAGCUGAAGAAUGUAUCGCACCUGGACCUGGUCCUGAUGCCUUAUCAAUAUCUCUUCAAUCUCUUAUAUUACAGGCUGAAUCAGAAGAUUUUACUUGCAAAGCAGCCUCAAUGCUUAAUACAGUAGAGGAAAGCGAGUCAGUGUCGUUUACCCCCCUUUCUGAUACCACAGGGGUGGAUGGUUCACGAAAAACACUGAUUGAUCGCUUGGAUAUUUACGCCGACGAAAAAUCUGUUGAGAAGUCAUUCAGUAACUUUGUUUAUCCCUUUGUUCAUAUGCCUCCUACGUUUCGUCCUGUCCCUGUAAAACCAAUCUUCUUCGACCUUGCUUUAAACCAUAUUAAUUUUCCAUCUUUGGAUGACAAAAUUGGUCUGAAGACUAGUACAUCUAAGUCUUCUGGUCUUACAGGUCUUAUGCGUGGAUGGCUGUGGCGGGGAUCGGAGCCCACAGAAUCUUAAACCCAGUAUUUUGACACUUCUUUUUUGUUUCCGUUUUCAUAUAGCUAUUGGUAUUGAAUUAUUGAUUUUUGUGUACUGUAGGGUGUGUUAUAUGUUUUCAUCAACAUAUUCUUCUUUCAUACCAUAAAAUGGACUGGUCCUCAAUAAUAAUAUUACUUGACUUGUAACUUUCUCCAUUUUCACGUGGCAAGGGUCUAUAUAUUGGUAUUUGUUCCGUUCCUCUGUGACGCCUUUAGGCGCGUUUUCGUGACUUUUGUACAUAUAGUUAGUGGACAGCUGUUUAUACAGAAACAUUUAUAGAUUUGGAUACACUGAUGUUUAAAUAACCCACUAGCAGUAAACAGGUCAUAGUGAUGCUUCCCGCUUAAGUGUAUAUAUUUUUGAGAUUAAUUUGUUUCUGCCUAUAAAACACCUAAAUAAUAUUAUUGUUCAUGCUAAUUGUAGCACUUAUUACAGCG